AAAACUGCCAAAGUACCUGCGUGGCAUAUCGCCCGCCUCUUCCUGCCAGGAGCAGCAGCCCUUCCUUGCGGCAGCUGCAAGGGAGGGCAUCUGGGAGCAGUCCGCGUGUGACAAGGUGAGAAGACUGCCGGAGAGCGUCAGAGCAUUCUGCCCUAUGUGUUGUCCUUCGCCAAUGUGGGCGGGUGUUUGUUGUUCUUCGCAGUGUGACGAGAUGGCGUCGGCGGGCGGCACCCCAGCUGACCAUUCCUCACCCCAAGCAGUGCUGUCCAAGGCGGGUCAGCUGUUCCAUGCCAUCGGCACGCAAGAGGCAUAUGACGAGACAGUGCGGCAGCAAGGGCUUGAGGCCGUCGAGGCCGACAUUGCCGCCGUCGUAGCCGACGUCCGCAACCUGAUGGCCUCGUCGAUGUCCGGUGAUCAACAUCGGCUCCGCGCGAUAUAUGAGCUGAUGCGGCUGCUGACCAUCGUGCGCUUUUCGGCAUCGUGAAGCAGAAGGCUGUGGACAUCGGUGUGGUGCCUGUGCUGGUCGAGCAGCUGAGCGGGUGCGAAGACUUGCAGGCCGCAGCCGCACAGGUCCUCGGCGUGCUGGCAUGGAAUCAUGCCACGGCGGUGGUCAAUGCGGAUGCGAUCCCGCCCCUCGUGCAGCUCGUGUCAUCACCUGACGACCAUGCUCGUGCAGCGGCCAUCGGGGCGCUGAUCAACAUCGCCUACAGAUCGGCCACCCGUCGUGAUGGCGUGCUGGCGGCCGGCAUCUUGCAGCCGCUGCUGAAGGCGAUGUGCGAGAGCACCUGCACCAAGGUGCUGGCAUCGGGUUGCCGGCUGCUGUGCAACGUGUGGGGUUUCUCCGAGAAUUCCCCCCCUCCUGUUGCACUGGGAGAGUGUGGCCGUUUCCUGCCCGUGCUUGUCGGCCUCAUCGGAGGGCGUGCUCAGGCCCACCGUGUGCGGCACUUCGCACGAGGGGCGUUGGUGGGAUUCGCGAGUCUGUGCACCCAGGACAAUGGUGAGCAUUAAUCAAUGGCUGAAAGAUCGUCCAGAGGUGAUGGUCCGCUUUGUCUUCCCUGCCCAUGGGCUCAGGCACCGAUGCUGACCGUGACGCGCUGCUGGAGUGUGGCGCCUUGGCGUCGAUCAAGAUGCUGCUCGAGACAGCCGACUCAGAGUUGAAUGGUGUCGCGUGUCUGACGCUUCACAUCAUGACGGAAGGUGAAACCAAGAAUGUCACCUGAAGGGUGCUGUGCUGUUUGGCGUGGGUGACUUGGAUGCAGGCAGCACCGCUCACAAGCAGGCGGUCAUCGAUGGCGAGCUGGUGCCUCUGCUGAUCGAGCUGGCGGGCAGUGAGGAGAGCGAUGCCGACAUGAAGGUGAUGGCAGCAGCGCCCAUCGGAAGACUAGCCCAUGAAGCUUCACAGCAACAGGUACAGAGACUGGCCGCUGAACACUGCACCUCGUGGUUUAAAGGGUGUAUCCAUUUGUCCAAUUUUGCAGAUUGAGUAUGUGGCUGAGCGUGGCGGCAUGCAAACACUAUCGGACCUGCUCGACUCCGUUUACGACCAUCGAGAGGCCGCGAUCGAAGUGCUCAACAAGAUAUGAACGAACAUCAGCCAAAUGAACGAACACACAAAGGGUUCGCCUGCUGUUUCUGGCAUUUGUGUAGUGCGGGUGAACAGAAGCAGGCCAACGAGGCCUGCCCGACAACCCUUACUGCACACUUGUGGAGCAGGUGAUAUAGAGAGAAGACACGGGACACCGCACCCGACACUCAUGGCUGCUGUGCGCACCCUGCAGGCCGGCGGUGUGGACAAGAUAGCCGAGAUACAGACACACAAUGACCUGAGAGUCGCAGCACAUGUAAGUGACCAUUCAGCAUCGACGAGGGACACUGUCAGUGUGUUGUCUGCUGUUCAUUCAUUCAGGUUGCGCGGUUUCUGUUGCUCCAUUUCCGGGCCCGCCUAGACGAGGAGCGUCUGCACUCCCUCUAUCAGCAGUCCCUGUUGCACGCCGCCGAGGUGGAGACAAACGUGGGGGCGGAUGAUGAUACCGAUAGCGAUAGCGAUGGGGAGUGCGAUGGGGAGGCGGAUGGCCACCUGCAGGGCGAGAGUGGGGAGGAGCGCUCUUCUGCAGAGACAUGAUGUCGUUCCGUGUCUAAUUAAUUAGACACCUUUAUCCGUGCGCAUGAUUUUUGCAUCUAUGGCGGUUGAUGACGGCUUCAGGUCUCACAGGCGAGGUGGCCUGCCUGCUGCAAGAACUUAAGGGCGUGGUGUGUACUGAUUGAGCGAUGGAUGUUAGGCCUGUCUGUGCUCGUGCGGGAGAAUUUUGCCAGUACUUGCAGUGGAAAACGAUUGGGGCCCCUUCCUUGUAUGUCUGUCUAUCGACACAUACACCCCAGACGUCCAC